AUGGUUAUUAAAAAUAGACAAAGAUUUCUGUUUUUAGUGAUCUUUGUUUUAGAUGUCCUUUUAUGUUGUUCCAAUUCUCAACCAUUCCCUCCUCCAAUCCAUCCAAUUCAACCUAUAGAAUUCUUUGAUACUACUCCUCAAAGAAAUAGUGACUUUGAAAAUGUAUAUUGGGAAUCACACGAUCAAGGAGAAAAGGGGUGUAAUAUGGCCUCACCAAGUUCAGACAUGUGGCUGAGAAUAUCGAUGUGUCAAUGUUUUCAAGAGCAAUGUUGUGAUGACUUUGACUGCGACCCCAACAUACAAAACCACGGACUCUGUGGAUUCCCACGAUGCGACUACAACUCAUUCCAGUGCUAUGGUGAACCUGGUGGUGACUGUUCCUUUUCCAAGCCAACCAACUCAUGUCUCGAUGCCUCUUGUGACAAUGUCUAUCCCUAUCAAUGCUUACCAAAAGAGUUAUGUAAUGAUGGUCUAUCUUGCACAUCGGAUCACUGUGAUGAGCCAACAACUACAUGUUCCUUUCAAAAUACUUGUCCACCAAGUACCGAUGCUUGUUUUGUCAAUUUGUGUGAUGUCGGUGCAGAUACUUGUAUUGAAGAACCGAUUACCUGUGAUGAUGGUGAUGAAUGCACUGACGAUAGUUGUAUCGAUGGCAAUUGCGCUCAUGUUGAUAAUUGUUCGACAACUGGUGUUGUAUCUACGACUGGAGUGGUCACGACAACCGGAGUUGUAUCAACCACUGGAGUGGUCACGACGACCGGAGUAGUGUCGACGACAGGAAUAGUUUCAACGACUGGUCCACCAGUAACAACAACCACUGGAGUAGUGACAACGACUGGAGUAGUGUCGACGACAGGAGUAGUGACAACAACAGCAAUAGUCACAACAACAGGAGUGGUGACGACAACCGAAGUUGUGACAACCACUGGAGAGCAUACGACAGUGCAUCCAACGACUGGCACAUCAUCAUCAUCCAUAACAACAUCAUCAUCAUCAAUAUCAUCAUCAUCAUCAUUGACAGGUGGAUCAUCAGGAAUAACAACUCAUCGACCACAUGAAUGUGACCUUGAACCUAGUCACAUCCACCAUGCUGGCAAUCACCGUCAUAUUGGAUGUCCACAAGGAUACCUAUGUGCUAGUAUCAAUGGACACCGUCAAUGCAUCAAAGAUGAAAAUGCAUGUCCCGCCAUCAAAUGCAACACUGGCAAUGGUCAUAAUAAUAAUCACCAACCCCAUCCAUUAUGUUAA